GCUCGUUGCGUAUCGACGUGGAUAAACGUCAACAUGGCUGAACCCAUGCGAGCAGCUGUUGAGAGUUGAUGUGGCAUCGAAGAACAGCAGUGGCAGUGAACUUGAGCUGAAUUAUUCAUAUUUAUUGCACAGAUUAAGAUCAGAUCACCAUGUCUCUCCAGAGGAUGUUCUCCUGUUCGCGGCUUUUAGCAAGACCAAAUGCUCUGCAAACAUUCAGGCGAGCAGCUUCACAGGGCAAAAAUCCCUCUUCCUCCCCAUUUCACACAGUCCAUGCUGUGCGUCAGUGGAGUAACGUGCCUUUUUUUACAGUGCCGCUGGCACGGGCGCAUGGUAAGUCAUUCGCUCACCGGAGCGAGCUGCGCCAGGCCAAGAGAAUCGUCGUCAAGUUGGGAAGUGCUGUCGUAACCCGAGGUGAUGAGUGUGGCCUCGCUUUGGGCCGACUCGCUUCAAUCGUAGAGCAGGUGGCCAUGCUUCAGAAUCAGGGUAGGGAAAUGAUGAUCGUGACCAGUGGCGCUGUGGCAUUUGGAAAACAAAGGCUGAGGCAUGAAAUACUUCUCUCACAGAGUGUCAGACAAGCCCUGCAUUCAGGCCAGAAUCAGCUCAAAGACAUGUCAUUGCCGGUUCUAGAGGCGAGAGCUUGUGCCGCUGCAGGACAGAGUGGCCUUAUGGCUCUGUAUGAGGCAAUGUUCACUCAGUACAGCACUUGCACGGCCCAGAUCCUGGUAACAAACCUAGACUUCCACGACGAACAGAAAAGACGAAACUUGAAUAGCACUCUGUACGAGCUGCUGCGAAUGAACAUCGUUCCCAUCAUCAACACCAACGAUGCCGUGGUGCCUCCCCCAGAACCCAACAGCGACCUACAGGGGGUAAAUGUUAUCAGCAUUAAGGAUAAUGACAGUCUUGCUGCAAGGCUUGCUGUGGAAAUGAGGGCAGAUCUCCUUAUUGCUCUCUCUGAUGUAGAGGGCCUUUAUGACAGUCCACCAGGGUCAGAUGAUGCCAAGCUUUUGGACACAUUUUACCCUGGAGACCAGCAAUCAAUAACCUAUGGCACAAAGUCUAGGGUCGGCAUCGGAGGAAUGGAAGCCAAGGUAAAAGCUGCUCUCUGGGCUCUCCAAGGAGGAACGUCUGUGGUCAUUGCUAACGGUACACACCCCAAAGUCACAGGUCAUGUGAUCACUGAUAUUGUUGAGGGCAAGAAAGUGGGAACCUUCUUCUCAGAGGUCAAGCCAGCAGGCCCCACGGUGGAGCAGCAGACAGAAAUGGCUCGCUCUGCUGGCAGGACUCUUGCUUCCCUUGAACCAGAGCAGAGAAGUGACAUCAUCUGUGCAUUGGCUGACCUUCUCACAGAGAGGAAAGAAGAAAUCCUGUCUGCCAACAAGAAGGACAUGGAGAACGCUGUCAACACGGGUCGCCUGUCUCCAGCUAUGCUGAAGCGGCUUAGUUUGUCAUCGUCUAAGCUGAACAGUCUGUCCAUCGGUCUGCGUCAGAUCGCGGUGUCCUCUCAGGACAGUGUUGGCAGGGUUUUGCGCAGGACUCGUGUUGCAAACAACCUGGAGCUGGAGCAGAUCACUGUGCCCAUAGGAGUACUGCUGGUCAUCUUUGAGUCACGGCCAGACUGCCUGCCUCAGGUUUCUGCAUUAGCCAUUGCCAGUGGAAAUGCUCUUUUGCUGAAAGGUGGCAAAGAGGCGGCCAACACCAAUCGCAUCCUGCAUGAGCUUGCACAGGAAGCCCUGUCUAUACAUGGAGUCAAAGAUGCCAUCCAACUGGUGAGCACUCGUGAAGAGGUGGAGGAUCUGUGUCGUCUGGAGAAGAUGAUUGAUCUGAUCAUUCCCCGUGGCUCCUCGCAGCUGGUCAGAGAUAUUCAGCGAGCAGCUAAAGGCAUCCCUGUGCUUGGCCACAGUGAGGGGAUCUGCCAUGUCUAUGUUGACCACGAGGCCAGUAUUGACAAAGCCAUCAAAAUCAUCCGAGACUCUAAAUGUGACUACCCUGCUGCCUGCAACGCAAUGGAAACUCUGUUGGUGCAUCGAGAUCUUCUCAGAACUCCAGUAUUUGAUCAAAUCAUUGAUAUGCUGAGAACAGAACAAGUCAAGAUUCACGCUGGCCCUAAGUUUGCAUCCUAUCUAACCUUUAGUCCAUCAGAAGUGAAGUCUUUGCGUACAGAGUAUGGAGAUCUGGAGUGCUGUAUCGAGGUGGUGGACAGCAUGCAGGAGGCUAUAGAUCACAUCCAUAAAUAUGGCAGCUCACACACUGAUGUUAUCGUCACUGAGAACGAGAACACAGCUGAGCAGUUCCUCCAGCAGUUGGACAGUGCCUGUGUCUUCUGGAAUGCCAGCUCACGGUUUGCUGAUGGAUAUCGGUUUGGCCUAGGUGCGGAGGUUGGCAUCAGCACUGCCCGUAUUCAUGCCCGUGGUCCUGUGGGGCUGGAAGGGCUUCUCACGACUAAGUGGGUGUUGCGGGGUGAAGGCCACACAGUGGCAGAUUUCUCGGAGCAUGGCAGCAUGACGUAUCUGCAUGAAAAUCUACCGGUGGCACAGCUCCUUCCUGGAUACAGAACCACCAGCUAGAGUUGAGAAGUAAAUGCUUCUACGCUCAAGGAUCAAAUGCAUAUCACCUACUUAAAUCCCAUUUAAAGACUCCUGUCAGGCAGUGUGUUUGGAAAAUCAAAUGUGAAUGGGCAGUCAAACCGAUGUAUUUUAAGGGAUAGUUCUCCAAAAAAAAAAAAAAGUAAUUUAUUCUCCCUCAGGCCAUUCAAGAUGUAGGGGACUUUUUGUUUAGUUGCUGAUCAAAUAAAUUAUAAUACUAAAUGCAUUAAAAAUACAUAUAAUAAAUACAAUAAAUUAUAUAAUUAUUUGAGCUGAAAUUGAAAGUGCUAGCAGCCAUUGAUUUAUAUUAAUCUUCCCAUAGUUAAAGACAUGCAGGCACAACAAAAUUAAUACCCAUUGUUUCUGAUGGUACGUUGAGGUCUAAUCCAUUUAAAAUAAUUAGUCUAUUCAAGGAACUGAGCAUUAUUUGCAAAACUUUCAUUUAUUCACACGAUUUUGCAAGCACUCUUGAGCAUUUAUAAUGAUGGGCAAUGGACAGAUGCAAACAAGUUGUUAGCAAUGGAAAGAAAGGUCGUGUGAGUACAUAUGCUGAAACUUGUUGAAAGUUAAACACCUGCACACAUCCUUACAAUCAUUAUGACUGUACUCUGGACUAUUUUCUGCACCUACUAUUUUAAUAAUGCUCAGAUGCAUCAUUUUGCUUCAUCAGAUUUAAGUGCAUCGUCAGGAGCCACGGGUACUAGUUUAGUUUUGCCUGUGUGUGGUAUUUAACUCUGAAAAUGCCAACUAAUCGUUUAAUGUUCUACUAAAGAAAAAAACUCACCUACAUUACAUAUUGAAUUUCCUGAGGGUAAAAUAGUAGCAUUUAUUUUUUAUUUUUGGAGGUGUUCUAUCCCUUUAAGAAGCCUUUAAAGCAUAAGUCUCAAACACAAUUCCUGGACGGCCACAGCUCUGCACAGUUUUACUCCGACCCUGAUUAAACAGCUGAUCCCACUAAUGAAUGUGUUCAAGACUCUUUUUAAACGCCUCGAUUAUUUGGAUCAGCUGAGUUUGAUUAGAGUUGGAACAAAACUGUGCAGAGCUACGGCCCUCCAGGAAUUGUUUGAGACUUCUGCUUUAAAGGCUUCUGUUUGUCCCGUACUUUAGAUUCUCUCAAGGGCCAAAGAGAUCACCUCAACUUAUUGUUAAAUGUGUCUUGUUUUCUUUGUAAAUCGGUUGAACCUAGCUACUAAACACAGUUAAUGGUACACAGAUGGAUAAGGGAUUUUAGUGCUGGCUAUGCUCAUGUUGUCAUUUUAUGAUUUGUGCAUAUUUUCCUUUAAGUAUCCAAAUGUAUCAUGAUCACGAUGAAUGCAAUGACACUUCCCGACCUCCAGAAUUGCCAAUGUUAUAUUUAUGUAAUAUUUAAGAAUAAAAUGUGGUACAAUAAUCCUUUACAGUACAAUAAUCCUUCAAAUCAUAGCAUUAAAUAAAAUGUGUAUUACAAGUAUGGCAACAUUGUGUACCCAACUUCAGGUUUAGAGAGUAAAGUAUUUUUUUCAUAUGGUAUAGUGAUCUCAAAUAGAAUAUAACAUGAGUACUAACUGAAAAAGGUAACCAUAGAAGAAAAUAGUCAUGUUACCAUAGUGUUCAACCUAUCCAAUUCAACAUGGGAAAACUGUAUUAUUAGCUUAAAUCAUCUGUAUGCUGCUUUUGAAAAGAAAACGAAUGGAAAAUCAGUUUUCCUGUGCAUCACUUCUCUCAUUUUGCGUAGUUCUUUAGCUUUUUAAUCACAAAUACUGUGCAAAUCAUUUCCCUGCUGUAAAAUUCACCCGGGACGGGCACAUUUUGUCCUGAACUGCUGCAGAAAUCCUCAUUAUCUGUACUUAAAAGUGCUGUAUCGCUUCACUAAAUAGUGAUGCUCGCAGUGUUCUGAAGAUGUUCACAAUUUUUGUAUGUAGAAUAAAUGUCUUUUUGUACUUUCAAA